GGGCACGAACCCGUGUCCCCUGCAUCGGCAGGUGGACUCUCAACCACUGCGCCACCAGGGAAGCCCUUCUCUUGUAUUCUUGAUAGACUUUCACAAUAUCCUAUGUUACUUCAAUUAGCGACUUACAGGCUAGGCAACAAAAAUCAGCUUUGUUCAAGGCAGAGUUUUUCCUAUCCUUUCAGUGUAACUUUUUUUUCAAGAAUUUUCUCUUGUGGGUACCUCAAUCCUGAAAGUACUGUUUGUAAACUCAAAGCUCAGGGCAGCAAAGGACUAUGCUGAGUUAAAUGGGGGCAGUGGGCUCUGGUGGGCGGCUAAAACCCCAAGCCACAGAUAGCCAAGGUCCCUAAGUCCUAGAGGUCGGAGGAAGAUGAACUGCUGCAGUGUGUUCCCGUGGCAACUAAGUCAUCAGCAGGCUGGAAAGAGCAGGCAGGGCUGGUGUAGGAGGGAGAGACACAUCUUGUCCAAGAAACUAAGAGGGAUCGGGGCAGGAGUAAAAAUGCGAGGAUGUAUUGUCACACAAGUGUCUUACAACUUGGUUACAUGUCCCCAAAGUGCUGAUCACUGAAACCUUUAAAUGAACCACUUAUUAGACUCUUGCACAAUGCAGAGCUACAAGAUGGAGCUCUCACUGGGCUUUGGGGACUCACGCAAGUCAGUUUUCAAGUUAAUUUGAUAAGUUGUUAUGACAACAAAACUACUCUUCCUCUGAGAAAUGAAUGCCUCCAAUUUUGAUAUUACAUUAAGGUUCUUUGUUUUAAGUGAAAUUUUGAGCAGAUUUUUGGAGUCUUUGUUCUUUAAGGGUUAUGGCUUAGGAUUGGCAAAUCAGUCUUAUUUUUAAAACAGUUUUUUGAGUAGGUGACAGUGGAAGUGUGGGCAUAGUGUCACAUAAGCGAGUGUGUGGGUACACACGUGUCUAUACUGGUGAAAGCCGGCAUCAUUACUAUCCUCAGUACCCAGAUUAGCACCAUCCCGUGUUUUAAAUUGCAGAUCUAAACAGAGUGCCAGUUAACAGGAAAUUACAUUUUCAGUUUAACAGUGGCAUUCGAUUGUGCAGAAAGGAGCAGGUUCCUUGCUUUCUCUUUCUUUUUCAUUCAUUCCUUCCUUCUUCCUUCGUUCCUUUCACACUAAUAAAUACAUUUAUCAUCCAACUGCUUGAGGAGAGAGGAGUGUUGGGCGAAAGACAGGUUUAGUCAUGAAUGCUGGUGUGAUGUCACUGCCAGCUCUGUGAUCAUAGGUGGUGUUAGAGCUCCAGGAGCAGCGGGGAGAGCCGUGGAAGAGGCGAUGUCGCUCUCACACAGGCAGCCAGCCUCACGCACUGCCACUCCCGGCCAGCUCUGUCAGGGCCAGCCUGCACAGUGCUGGGUGGAUUCCACAAAAGAAAUGAGCCAAGCUGGGUUUGAGUGGCAGAGGACAGAGGGCAAGCUGAAUGAGAUCGGGCUGAAUGUCAGCAUGGACGGGCAGCUGAAAGACGGGCUUGUGAAGAAUGCCAGCUUCCUGGAGCAGAAUAAGCUCUGCUUCUUUGAGGGGAAGCUAGACAAAGAGCUCGGCAUUGAAGCGCAGGACAAGGAGUAUCAAGCCACCUCGGGUCACCUUGCGAGCAGGUAUGUGAUUGCAGACAGCUGCCAUCCCUUGGAGGGGAACUCAGUGCACCAGAAGACGGCCGAGUUACAUCUGGGACCCAGAGAGGGGCCAGACAAAAACAAAGCCACUAUAGUUCCGGGGACGGUGGCAGGGAAGAAUGUGCCGGAGACAGAGAGCCAGCCAGAUCUGCAUUUCCCUGGGGCUGCUGACAUGCCCACCCAGUAUGUUAAGGAGCAGGAAACCAGUGUUUGGAACCCCAACUUCCAUCCCGUGUCAGUGGCUCAAGACCCUCAGCACUCAAGGGAAGGAACUCCAGGAAAGGAGAAUGGCAUCCCUGCUGGCUGCCGGGUGAUUGGGGUGGUGAGUGAUAGCUCUGGGCAGCUCGAAUAUGAGUCCUCCCUAGCGGUGGCUGUAGCCCACCCAGCCCCCACUGUUGCGCACUCACCCACUGCCAUUCCACCAAUCACUAGGGUCGAGUUCACCCCGGACUAUGUGAAUGCCAGCUCUCAUAUCAAAGACCAUGAUAAGGAGUUGGAGAAAUUGAGUUCUACCGAGGAGGGGGCUUUGCUUGACCAAGCCCCCCAGCAGAAAAAGGCAAUGCGCCGGGCCCUGUCUGAGUGCUCUCAUCUCUCAGUCCCCCCAGCUGUCAACCUUGCAGAUAAGUAUCCUGAACUUCCCGCCCAAGAAGAGCUUUCUUCUGGCCUGCUACUCCUCACCAGUAGCCCAAUGCUGAGUCCCACACCCAAAAAACUGGGGGCUCCUGCCAUUAGGCGCUCCAUGACGGUGGCUGAGGAACAGACAGCCAGCCACAAAUUGAACCCUGGAGAACUGCCCAUUCUGCCUACUGAAGAGAUACCUCCUUUCAACUGCGAGGAACCAGUGGCCAAGAGGAGAGAAGAACUGACCCACUUCAACAACAGCAGCAGCAGCAGCUCUGGGAAGAGGGAACUGGGCACUGCUGGGUUCUAUCUCCAUGGUAAGCUGGAGCAGAUUCCUGAAGUAAGCAGCAAGGAAAAAGGACAAGAAGAUACUAGUGAAACUAGAGCGGAUUCAUGCUUCCAAGUCUGCCGAGGAGGUGAGAAACGGCCAGGACAGACAGUUCUGGCAGGGAAGAAGGAAAUUGAGGUCACCACAACCCAGAGCACUCCAUCGUUCCUGUGUGAAGAGACCCCACGUGAUGGUAUGUUUCUAAAUUUUGUCUCCAUGGGGAACAAGCAGACGGCAAGGAAGGAACCAAAGUGGCAGAUUACCGGCAGGAGCGUUAGGCGGCUCAUUCCUGCUUGGAGUCUAUGACUGCCCAGGGAAAGCUGAAUUCCCUUGCAUCGGAAGGUUGGGGAGAGUGAUGCGAGAGAGUGCACAAAGUGACUCUAGCUGGGUCAACCUGCACGUCUGUUGGUGUGACAGAUGGUGUGGACUGAGGGUGUGGUCUGAAUCCCAUCAGAGAGGGGUAGGCGUAAGACAUAGAGCCCCUUACUUGACCUCAUGUCACCCUGCCCACCCCUCCCCCCAUCCUCCCACCCCUCAGCUCCCUGUUGGUUUGAACCAGAUGAUUCCCGAGCCCUAAAUCAUCCAAUCACAACUGAUUGAUUUCGUUGCUUGAAAAUCUGUCACUGUGGAUUCACAAUGGCUUUAUCAGCACUAACCUCCUCUCAUUAAGUAGCGCAGCCUGGAUGCAAGCUCUGUUUUCCGUUUUGCUUUUGAGAACGUUUUGCUUUUGUUCAAGCUGAAAAAGAGCCUUUUAAAGCUGGCUAUUUAAUAUUCUUUUCCUGUUCUUCAUGUUUGACCCGGUCUUGCUUCUAGUUUUCUCUCUGUAUAUGUGUGUUAGGAGGAUUUGUGGGGAGAAGGGGAAGAAAGGGAAAGUGGACAGUGGAGAGACUUGUGGUUAAUAAACAGCUAAAUGUUGCGGUCCUUGCGGCUGCCGCUUUGUCUUUCUUCCUGGCCCUUUCUUCUCUUCCCCACCCCCAGCUCUCCACGGGUCUUAUUGUUGGUGGUCUUACAAAAGCUUGUUUUCCUCUGAGUCCAGUUUGUGCACAAAGGACCGUGAUUCACAAGCUAGUUAAUGGAGAUUUACAAUAUGUGUUUUGUUUGUUAUAAAAAUAGCCUCUUUUCCUAGGAACCAUUUCCUCUAGUAUUUAUACCUCUCAGUACAUUUUUACAAAAAUGUUUUACUCAUUUUUUUCUUAAUAUUAGAAGUGGUAUUUUCUAGGGGGAAGGGUAAGUGGAAAGGACCCUUGAAGACUGGCAGGUGUGUGGCGUGUUUUUUUUUUUUAAAUAGAGGUGGGCAAAAAAGCGUCAUAUUUCCUCCAUGAUUUCUUAUGACUCCAAGAUGAUAAGACUCAGGUGUCCUAUGCUGUCGCUUCCUUCUAACUGUAGCAGAACUGUAAGGGCCUCCUGGAUAGGAUUGUCUCAUCUUUUGCUUGAUCCCCAGGUGCCCAGUUCAGUGCCGUAUACCUUCUAGGUGGUAAUGAGUGAAGAUUUUUGUUUAUUUCAGAACAAGUUUGUCCUAGUUCACACUAAGAGAAGUUCACGCUGGUAGGAAAAAAAUGUCAGAUGACUGACAAACCUCACUGAUCUGUUCACCUAAUAAAUGUUUGAAUGCUGACUGCUAAACUCUAUGUAGAUAAAGCUAUAUAAGGAUUCAUUGUUCACCAUACCUAUCAUAUGCCACUACCUAGGCCCUGGAUAUUGUCCUUAUCCUCGAACGACUUGUGAUCUAGUUGGGGUGGCAGGGGUCGGGGGGUGGGGGUUGUAUGAGAGGAUUGUGAAUCAUGAAAACUUUUGGGAGGAGGUGGCCUUGGAAGCCUAACAAAGUGGAGGGAAAGCCUUCCAGGCAAAGGUAUGAAGCUCAGACAGCUCACAUUAGGUAAAAGAACAAUGAUGAGUAUUUGUGGGGCUUCUCUUAAUUAUUAUUUAGUUUCAAAGAACAGAAACACAGUCAUAGGAACUCAAAUUUAUAAAAAGCUAUUUGUUGACAAUCUCAGGGAAUCCUAUUUCAGGAAGUGUAGCCCAGCUACAGCCAUUGUGUGUCUCACUUAGGACCUCUGCUUUGCCCUGAACAUGUGUUCCAUUCUCUUCCCUUCUGGAAACUGUUCUCUGCCGUCUCUUACUUUUUGCUUCCUUUGUGUCUCUGGUCUGUACAGGACAUUGGUUGCCAUGGUUUUGGGUUCUGUGCCCUACUUUAUAUCUCAGGAACCCAAGGUUGCUUGGCUAUAGUUUUCAUAUUUUCUUUCUUUUAGGGAAAGAAUGAGUAAGUAUAUCUUAUUGUCUCAGCUUGGUCCAGUCACCUGUGUGCCAGGUACCAAAACCUUCUUCACCAGUCUUGGCCAUUUUGAGCUGCCCACUUCAUCUGGGGCUCCUCUGGAGAAGGAUGUGGGUUGAGCAAAUAUGCCAAAGCCAUCUGUACAUCUGUGGCAAGAAAUAAUGGGAUAACAAAUCUAGAAAGUUGUUUGGAACCCAAGCUUAGUUGUUCCCUGAGUUGUUUAAACCUUACUCCCAUGUUCAAAAAACUGUCCUGACUGCCUAUGACAAUAAAUAAAGUGGCCCAAAUUUGGCUUUGAGAGGAUUCACCUGUUCUCAGUAGAAAAGAUAAACUGGAAGACAGAGGAUUGAAGGCAAAAAAAUCCCAUGAUGACAGUUGGAUACAUGUAGUAGUAAAAGGUGAACUACUGAGGACGUGAUAGGGGAAGUAUACCAGAAGCGAAAUCAACUGGACUUGAAAACUGGGUGUGGAAGGGGGGGGGCGGCGGGGGGGAGUUAAAAAUGAUGCUGUGAUUUUGAGCCUGGGUUUUCCAGCAAGUAGUAGUACAAAUAAUGGAAAGAUGCAACAGAAGGGAGCAGUUUUGUGUUCUUUGUGAACAUUCUUCUGUGGAAAUGUAGGGACAUUUGGGUGGUGGUCUCUAGCAGUUGGCUGGUAUAUACCCCGGAAGCAAAGGAGGAGGCUCAUGGUGAGAAGCACUAUCUGGGAGGAAGACUAUGGUUUCUGCUUAUGUGGCGGUCAUGCAUUUUUCACUGGGUGACACUUAACUUGUGCAGGUUGAGAUGUUGCAUGUUUAUAUCAUAAGCAGUGAGACUUCAUGAAGUGUUCAUGUUGUUUGCUGAAAAAUCCUGUGCUUAUUGAAAAAUGUUCAUGGUGGUCUGAUGCCAGUGGCCAGUGGCAACAAGUCAGACAUUUGGUGAGAUAUUCUUUCAGCUUGCUCUAUAACAGAGGCGUUACCAAUACCUUGCAUGGUGGGGGUGGUUUUCUUUCUUUAUAUUUUUAAAACUAAAAAAAUUCCGUUUUCAACUAGAAAUGCAUAUGGUUUCAAGCAUCAAAAAGUACAAAAUGCUAUACAUUAGAAAAUCUCCUUCCAAGAGAAGGUGACAUUGAUUCACUUUUUCCUGUUCAUCUCUUCUAAAUACAGCUAAAUACUCUGGAAAGAAUGCACCAGAUAAUCAGAAAAGGAAUCUGAAAGGUAGAAGGGAGAGGGCAGGCUGGGUAGGGCUCAGGACUUGAGGAAGGACAGUGCAGUGAGUUCCCUUGGCUUUUCUUUUUAAUCUUCCACGUGUCCUUGUCUGGGCACUGGAGGGUGUCUACAACCUGGAAUCACCAACAAGCAUAGAUAAAAGAAAAAGAAAAGGCAAAAAGAAAGAAAGAAAAACCUGCUCUCUUUUGACCAAAGACCAGGAACGGGGAAGCCCUAUUUCCCUCCCCAUAUCCAGCAGUGGUGGUGGACUCAAUCUUCUCGCAGGUACAGUGUCAGCAGAGGUCAUCAGGGCCUACCUGUUGUGCACUUCACACCUGGCAGCAGUUGCAGGCCUGAUCCACCCACAGUGGCAGGGAAGCUCAUCCCCUGUCCCCACUAGGUGACCAGCGGCACCAGCCUUCUACCCAGUAGCAGAAGGAAAGGUAGGUAGGUUUCCUGCUACACUCUUUCCUCCAUCAUCAGGCCAGUUAGGUGCUUCCUGCUCCCAGUGGCUUCAAAACAGGAAGUCCACCAGCAUCAGGCAGCCAGAAAUCAGGCCAGGAGAAAGUCUGCAUUCCGUGGGUCCAGCAUCACUCAUCCCCCACCCAGUGAAACCAUCUGUCCCAGGGAAGUGCCUUGAGCCCUUGCAGGCAACACCAGCAGGGAUUGAGUGACAGCCUCAUGGAACCAGAAAAACACAGCAGGCCUGUAUUGCACUACAAGGGCCCUGGGAACUAAAUUGUUAUUGAAACUACCUGCACACUAAAUUUAAAUAGUGAUUACCUGCUAAUAUACAAAAAGGAUUUUAAAAUCCAUCAUAAAAUUAUUUCAAGAAGAAGUUACAAAUUCUCUUGAAACAAAUGGAACUAGAAAAUCUCAGCAAAGAAAUAGAAGUUAUGGGCUUCCCUGGUGACGCAGUGGUUAAGAAUCUG